AUGGCUGCCAGUUCGAGCACUUCUCCUGCCCUGGGUGCGGACGCGAACGAUCCCGCUACGAGAGCCGCGACCCUGCUCGAGGACCUGCCUCAGGAGAUCAUUGACAAGAUCCUCGUCCAGUUGCCGUCCAAGGACAUCGGCCGCUUCCGCGCCGUCUGCACAUCGUGGGGCAGUGCUACCUCCACUCCCGAAUUCAUGCUCGAACACCACCGCCGCCAGCCAUCGCUCCCCAUCAUCAACGGGAAUGGGCGGCCGGCAAGUCUAGUCGUCCUCCGUGACACUAGUGCUCGAGCCUCCAAUCAACACCUCUGGCCUUUCCGUCCGGGCUUCAAACACCGCUCCGAGUAUCGCCUCCUAGGCUCUUGCGAUGGCUUCCUCGUCGUAUGCCGAAGAUCCCAAUUUGGAUCCCGAUUCUACGCCUACAACCCGGUCAUCCGCAAGCAUGCUCUCCUAGCACAGCCUCAAGUUGGGCAAUCCUUCUACAAUACCAUGAUCGGUUUCUACCGGCACCAUCCAACCGGAGAAUACAGGGUACUGUGGGUCUCACGGUCACAUCACUCGUGGUCACAUCAUUUGUGUAAACCCGGCUUAUACAUCCUCACGGUAGGAUCAGACAGGCCAAGGUACGUCGGAUUCAGAACAACAAAAGACUUGCCGCCUUCGGAGCAUAUUAUGUUUCUGCAAAGGCUGUGUUGUUCGUCCUAUUAUUCGCCACCGGUCCACCACCGUGGUAGCCUGCACUGGUGUUCUUAUGGCACAUCAGACAUAAUUGUGUUUGACACACAAGCUGAGUCAUUCCGGUGGAUGCAGAGUCCCACCGAGUUGUGGCCUAGUAAGUUGUUCGACAUGAAAGGGAUGUUGGCUCUCUGGGCCGGCUCGGCUCGCUAUUACAAUGGUUUCACCAUCAUGGAUGUCUGGGUGAUGCGGGAUUACGAGGCUGAAAUCUGGGAUUUCAUGUACCGAAUUGACCUGUCAACGGUGGAAGCAUCUAGACAACUUUAUUCUACUUCCUUCUAUAAGAGAAAUAAAAGGAAAUUUAAAAAGAAAAAGCUACUUCAUUCACCAGUUCGACUGUUCGAAGAUAUGGCUGUGCUCAACAACCGUGAGUUGUUGAUCAUGUAUAAUGAAAACCAUGUCUUGCGCUGCAACAUUGAUGGCAAGUUCUUAGGAAUUGUGAACCUUGGAAAAGGACAAUAUUAUAUGUGGCUUACUCAGCACCGCCUCCAAGAGAGCAUUGUUCCAAUUCCUUAUCAUGAGACGCAAGAGGAAGAUGAGGAGUCUGUGUUCUCCACGGGGUGUGUCUGAAUGUUCAGGGCUCCUGGUUUGCUUUGCCUUUGGUUUGCGAGCAUGUCUUUUGCUCUUAGGUCUUCUUACUUA